AUGUCCCGUAAGAGAUCCUUCAACUCUAGUGUGGCUCAGACUACUUCAGUCCACGACGAGAUGCCACGUUACGCUAACGUCCUGUGCUGUGUCUGUGGUGCAUCGAUGACACCGAACCAGUCGAAUAUGUGUGUCAACUGCAUGAAGGGCGAGGUGGACAUCACCGAGGGCAUCUCUAAGCAAGCAGUGGUCAACUACUGUCGAGAAUGCAACCGGUACCAGCGGCCCCCGUGGGUACCUUGUGAGCCGGAGUCUCGUGAGCUCCUGGGGAUCUGCCUCAAGAAGAUCAAGGGUCUCAACAAGGUGAAGCUGGUAGACGCCAACUUUAUCUGGCAGGCCCCGACUAGCAAGCGAAUGAAGGUGAAGUUGACUGUUCAGAAAGAGGUCAUGAACGGCGCUGUCAUGCAACAGUCGAUGAUAGUCGACUUCAUCGUCGCUUGGCAACAGUGUGACGAUUGCAAACGUACGUACACCCCGCAUACUUGGAAUGCAUCGGUUCAAGUUCGACAGAAGACCGAUCAUAAGCGGACCUUUUACUAUCUAGAGCAGCUCAUCUUGAAGCACGAUGCGCAUGAGAAGGUGGUCGGAAUCAAGAGGACACCUGAUGGGCUAGACUUCCACUUUGGUCAUCGAAGCCACGCGCAGAAGUUCUCGGAGUUUGUAUUGAGCCAGGUCCCUUCUAGGGUGAAGCAGAGCAAACACCUUAUAAGUCACGAUGCUCAUAACACGACAUACAACUACAAGUACACAACAUUGAUUGAUAUGUGCCCCGUCUGUAAGGACGAUGUUGUAUUCCUACCCAAGGCCCUCAAGAACAAGUUGGGUGGUGUGAACCCGAUCCAGGUUGUUACUAAGGUGGCGAGCCAAAUUCGCCUUGUGGAUCCUCUCACUGGAAAAGUGUCUGAUUUAGCAGGCGUUGAGUACUGGAAGAAUCCCUUCGAUUCGUUGUUGACUCGCCGACAUUUGGUUGAGUUCACCGUCCUCAACGUGGAAGAGGAUACUGGUCCUGCUAGGGCGGCUGCUUUCAAUAAGCGAGGUCUCAAGGGCUACACUAUGGUGGAUCUGGAGCUCAUGCGGGAUCCCGAAAUCAUCACUGUGCGGUCGCAUCUUGGGGGUGUGCUCCAACCAGGGGAUCUUUGUGCUGGAUACGAUCUCCGUACGGUGAAUGUGUCGGGUAUUGAUGAGGAGAUGCUCGAGAAGACCAACCUGGAUGUGAUCAUAGUCAAGAAAACAUACACUCGGCACCGUCAGCGCAAGCGUCCGUGGAUUCUCAGAAGGCUCGAGAGAGAGGAAGAUGCUGGUGAGGAGUCCAACGAUGGUGACUAUGAGCAGUUUAUGCGGGACAUUGAGGAGGAUAAGGAUCUUCGUCAGGAGAUUAACCUCUUCCGUGACCCGGCAUGGAAAGAGCCGUGCAAUGUGGGUGCUGCACAGGAGGGGGAGGAGGAAGGGGAAGCAGACGACAACGAAGCCCCCGAGGUGGACCUUGCUGAGUUACUCGACGGUCUCACCCUCAACGAUAAGGGUAAGGUUCUCAACAGCAGGAGGAUGACGAGCUAUGAAGCGAAGUUUAGUGUUGUUGAUAUUAACGUCCAGAUGUGUCACUAUAUUCACCACAAGACUGAGUACCUGUUUCUCGCGAGAUAG